AUGUCAAACGAAGACCUUGUCACCCUCACUUUCCAAGAUCGUGUUGCGAUCGUUACUCUUAACCGACCUGCCAAGUUGAAUGCCCUUAACCAGGAACUUUACUACCUCCUUGGCGAGCGGUUGCGUGAGAUUGAGCGCCGCGAUGAUAUCUUCAUCACCGUUCUUACCGGAACAGGUCGAUUCUUCUCUGCCGGCGCAGAUGUCACCAGUUCUCGUCCUAGUGGAGACCUCAAUUCUAGCGUCCGCCGUGACCUAGUUCGCAGCUUUGUCGCCAACAACGUCGACGUAACCCGCACUUUCUACAACCAUAGCAAGAUCCUAGUCGUCGCCCUAAACGGCCCAGCCGUAGGCCUUUCUGCUGCCCUAAUCGCGCACGCAGACUUCAUCUACGCCGCACCCCAUGCAUUCCUGCUGACUCCAUUCUCAUCUCUCGGCCUUGUCGCCGAGGGUGGUGCCAGCCGCGCAUUCGUCGAGCGUCUUGGAAUUGCCAAGGCCAAUGAGGCGCUUCUCAUGAGCAAGCGGAUUACCUGUGACGAACUCGUGUCAACUGGAUUCGUGAACAAGGUGAUCACCGCGGCUUCGGGGGAUAAGAACGAUUCAGCAGGAUUCCUGAAGAAUGUGUUGCUGGAGGUUGACGAGCGUCUUGGGACGCAUCUUAACCAGACGAGCUUGCUCGGUAUUAAGGAGCUUGUUCGGAGGCCCGAGAGGGAAAUCCUGGACCGUCAAAAUGGAAUUGAGGCUUUUGCAGGCCUUGAGCGCUUCCUGAUGGGAAUUCCGCAGGAAGAGUUUCGGAAGCUGGCUUCUGGUGAGAAGAAGCAUAAGCUGUGA